AUAUAUAUAUAGGAGAAUGCCAAAGAUCAGGACUAAUCGGACUAAACCGCCCCCAGAAGGUUUCGAAGAGAUCGAAGGAGUCUUAGAUGAAUACGAACGAAAGAUGCGAGACGCCGAAUCAGCGACACAUGAAGGGAAGAGGAAGAACGAAUCGGUCUGGCCGAUCAUCCGGAUCAACCACACCCGUUCUCGGUACAUCUACGAUCUGUAUUACAAGCGGGAGGCGAUCUCGAGAGAUUUGUAUGAGUGGCUGCUCGAGCAAGAUUAUGCGGAUGCCAACUUGAUCGCUAAAUGGAAACGGACCGGGUUCGAAGGCCUAUGUUGUGCCCGAUGCGUCCAAUCCAGAGACAUGAACUAUGCUGGAUCAGUGUGUAUCUGUCGGGUCCCUAAAGCUCAACUGAAGCCUGGUACGGUCGUCGAAUGUGUCCAUUGUGGAUGUCGUGGUUGUGCAUCGGGUGAUUGA